AUGGAUAGUUCUUGUUCUUCCCACUUUGCCAAGCUUGCUUUUGCUUUUUUGAUUCUUUUCGUUGGCACGAUUUCGUCACAAAAUACCGUGUGUCCGUAUCAGUAUUUGUACCAUCUUGGUGAUGGAGUUACUGACGUGGGCAAUUCUAUUCGAGUUCUCCCUUGGGGACCUUCACUUCCGGCCGCACGAUUGCCUUAUGGCCGGUCGUACCCUGGUUACCCUACUGGUCGGUGGGGCGAUGGUCGUAUUGAUUUCGACUUUGCAGCUGCUGAUUUCGGCUUCCCACGCAUCGUACCUUAUUUGACGCCCGAAGCAAACUCCAGCAACGGAGUCAUAUUUUCGGUAGCAAGAAGCCCGGUGCUCGACCACAAGUUUUUCAAACAAAGAGGCGUUAAAAUCCCACCAUAUGCCAUUCCUCUUUACGAACAACUCAAUUGGUUCAAAACACAUCUAAAAUCCGUUUGUGGAUCAAAUUGUGCAAAUAGGCUAGCAAAUUCUCUUAUAUUGUUGGGGGACAUUGAAGCCAAUGACAUUGGCUAUUCAUUGCUCCAAGGAAAAUCCAUCAAAGAAGCACAGACUUAUGUGCCCUAUAUAACACAAGCUCAAAUAAAUGUUACAAGGGAGCUCAUCAACAUGGGCGCAAGGCAACUAAUAAUCCCAGGAAAUGCUCCAAUCGGAUGCUUUCCUUAUAUCCUAACUGCAUUCCCAAGCAAUGAUCCGAAAGCUUACGAUGAAUUCGGUUGUCUUAAAAGCGUAAACGAUCUGAUGACAUUUAAAAACAACGAUCUCCAACAAGCUAUUGCAAAACUUAGAACAGAGUUUCCCGAUGUCAGCUUAUUUUACGGCGCAUUUGACGAUGGCGUGCGACAAUAUCUUACCCAGUUUAUGGCAGGGCCAAAUAGAAACAACGCGUUGAAAGCUUGUUGUGGAAUCGGAGGGAAAUACAAUUUCAACAGCAAAAGGUUUUGUGGGAGUCGAGGUGUGCCUGUCUGUCAUGAUCCGGACAAUUACAUAUUCUGGGAUGGCUUGCAUUUGACGCAAGAGGCCUCCCAUCGUAUCGAGUCGAUUCUCAUCCAACCGGCUCUCUCGACGCUCAACUGUGCAUCCUAA